AAUAACAAAUAAGGAGGGUAUAACCCACGAUAUACACCAAGAAUUUCUGAAUAAUCAGAGUGUCCUGUAUUUGUGUGAGCUCCCAGCCUCCUACGCUUAAUCAAAUUUUUUAGUUUAAUCGAUACUCUCGCACCCGGUUUUGUUCAUACUGUUUCUGCUCCAAGAAACCAAAAUAUUUCUUCUGUCACUCCGCGGCGGAGCGGAGCAUUUUGCCUCCCACUGUUGCCCUAUCAGGUGCUGUUCUGUGCAAGCUAUUCCUUUAUGUCUUAGGAAUGAUUUAGCAGGGAACUGUCUUAUCUGCUCUGAAAGCUCUAAGAUGACCCACGCGAGCAAAGAAGAGGCCAACAAAGGUGGUCAAAGGGAACACUUGUUCCGUAAAGGGAAAAAGAAAAGUGCAAAACAGCAAAUUGAUGCAACCUUGGAAGAAAUUUACGAUGAACGUUAUGAGUUAAGCGAUGAAGAUGAUGAUAGUGACUGGGAUCCUUUAGAGAAACAAGUUAAGGCUGUGAAGUGGGUUUGUAUCAACUGCACCAUGGUUAACCUCAGUAAUGUUGUCCAUUGCUAUGCCUGUGGAGAGCACAAGGGUUCUGGAAUAGUCAGGUUGGGAUGUUUUGCCUCACCACUCAUGCCAGAGGGAGAUAUUGCAGCACUUGAGUUAGAUGCUACUGAGAAACUCAAAGGUUCAUUCGGGAAAGGGUUUCCAUCGGACUCCACCAUGGUUGGGUUUGAUGAGAGGAUGCUGCUCCAUGAUGAAGUUGAAAUGAAGUCUCAUCCUCAUCCUGAGAGACCAGACCGUCUUCGAGCUAUUGCCGCUAGUCUUGCUAGUGCAGGUAUAUUUCCUGGGAAGUGUUAUCCAAUUUCAGCAAGAGAAAUUACAAGGAAGGAGCUUCAGAUGGUACAUGCUUUGGAGAAUAUUGAAGCUGUAGAAUUUACAAGUCGUUUGCAUGCCAGUUAUUUUACUCCCGAUACUUAUGCAAAUGCAUAUUCAGCAUGUGCUGCCAGACUUGCAGCAGGCUUAUGUGCUGAUCUUGCUUCAACAAUCUUCUCUGGCCGUGCUAAAAAUGGUUUUGCUCUGGUUCGUCCUCCGGGCCACCAUGCCGGCGUAAAACAGGCUAUGGGAUUCUGUCUCCUUAAUAAUGCAGCUGUUGCAGCAUUUGCAGCUCAGGCCGCAGGAGCAAAGAGGGUUUUAAUAGUUGACUGGGAUGUACAUCAUGGAAAUGGAACACAAGAAAUAUUUGAAAGAAGCAAAUCAGUUCUCUACAUAUCUUUACACAGACACGAGGGUGGGAAAUUUUACCCUGGUACCGGAGCUGCUAAAGAGGUUGGCUCCAUGGGUGCAGAAGGAUACUGUGUGAAUAUUCCAUGGAGCCGUGGUGGAGUUGGUGACAAUGAUUAUAUAUUUGCAUUUCAAAAUAUUGUGCUUCCUAUAGCCUCUGAGUUCGCUCCAGAUUUUACUAUUAUUUCAGCAGGAUUUGAUGCUGCAAGGGGUGAUCCCCUUGGUUGUUGUGAUGUGACUCCUGCUGGUUAUGCGUUAAUGACACAAAUGUUGAGUCCUUUAUCGGGAGGAAAAUUACUUGUCAUCCUAGAAGGAGGGUAUAAUCUUCGAUCAAUAUCAUCUUCAGCUACUUCAGUGAUUAAGGUCUUACUAGGUGAAAGUCCAGAAACAGAUCUGGAUCGUUUUAUACCUUUGAAGUCCUGUUUAAGAACCGUAAUGGAGGUAAUCAAAAUACAGAUGAGCUAUUGGCCUACAAUAAAGUCCCACUUCAACAAGUUGUUGUCACAAUGGGGAAUGCAAGCUUUUCAGAACACAAGAAAACUGACCAAAAAAAGGCAUCGGACAGUGGUACCAGUCUGGUGGAGAUUUGGACGGAAGUGGUUUCUCUAUCGCCUAUUAACCAAGCGAGUUCUUUUGAAGUCCAAGUUCCGCUGAGUAUUCCUGUUGAUCAAUCCAUAUAUGUCAUCCAUGGUUUUUUUGUAAUUAUUGUCGGGUUUACCCUGGCACCAAUUUAGGAUUUCGAGUAGCUUAGGAUCACUUUGCAAACUUCUGGUGAUGUUUCAAUGAUCCAUCACUGCCGCCUAACCAUCCAUUACUCAACUCUCCCUUAUGACAUGCAUAUUGCGUUCGUUGCACAGUUUAGAUUGUAGUUUGCAAUUGCAUGUUAGGUAAUCAUCCAAGUCAUUAGAAACCACGUUUAGUGCAUCCCCUGCUCCUCCACAUUAUUGGGGAAAGGUACUGAUAAGUCUACUACUGUACGCCUACAAGUCUACAACCUCUAUAUGUUCCUUGAGCUGCUUUUUAGACCCAUAUUAAAUCUUAUUUGCUCUGCCACUGA